AUGUCAACGUCAUAUGAUAUAUCAAGAAUAACCCAAAUACUUCAAAUUCCUUCUAGGCUUCGUAAUAACGAAGAUAUUGCCUAUCUUAUGUCUCUUACUUCGCAAAUAGACUUUUUUAAAAAAAUAACUGAAGAAGAAAAAUCAUCUGAAAUUCAUAAAGCUUGCUGUCAAGUAAUGAAAGUUGAGGAGCGUAAUUCUGGAGAUGUUAUAGUAAAUUUUGGUGAAAAAGGCUAUAAUUUUUACAUUGUCCUUAGUGGGUCAGCCUCAGUAAAUAUUCCUACAAAGAAAAAGGUCAAAAUAACACUAAACUCCCCCCCUCUGUGAGUGAACAAAGAAAUUUUGUUCACUCAAGGAGGGGGGUUAAUUUUUUUUUUAAAAAAAUUUAUAUAUAAAUUUUAUAAAAAAUAUUUUUUUUCGAAUUUUAAAAAAAUCUAAUUCGCAAAAAUUGGAAAGCAAAUAUUAAUUUAAUUUAUAAAAUUUAUGUUUUAAAAAGCAAUUUGUUUAAAAUUAAACAGAAUUAGCUCUAGAUUUCAUUAUACUAAUUAUCAUUUAUAUAUCAAAUUUUUUUUCCAUAAAAAAUUUUUGUUCACUCACGGAGAGGUGGGUUUUUGGGCAAAAAAUAGCGAUUUUUCUAAUGGUUUUGUUCACUCACGGAGGGGGGGGAGUGAGUGACGCAGAGAGAUAUAAACUUAAAAAUAUUUUUUUGACGCUUGAUCUUGAGGAAGAUGAUGUAUCUGAGAUAAGUUUUGACUCAAAAAAUAAGAAAAGAAGAGAGGCAAAAAUUCUUAAUAAGGUUGAUCUUAUUUCACUUACUACUGCCAUUCAGGAAAAGAAAAAUGAAGACAGUGAUAAUCAGCAGAUAAAUGAAUUUUGCAAAAUAAAUGAUUUAUUCCAAGACAAACUUGAUGAGAGAGAGAUUAAGUUAGAGAGGGUUAAAAGGGGUUUAUUUCAGCACUUGAUUCAGUUGAGCUUCAGCUUCACGCUCGUGUGGCGAUAGCCACAAAACCACCUAAAGCUCUUUUCUGUCGAUAUCUUUCGGGGUAACUUAACCUGCUUGGACAAAACACUGCAGCAAAGGACUCUCUUAACCCCUGGAAGUGCUCAGGAUAUGAGGGAAGUGUCUGAUACCGCCUUCUGGAAUUCCCUCUGCCACUUGCAGGUAGCAUAAUGCUCCUCCAGAACUGCUCGAUUGGUGUUGCGCCGCCCAUCAGUCUUCUUGUCUGUGUAUAAAGGGAGACCCAGUUAGCUCAGACCCGAACCUACCCCGGAAUUCAACCAACUGCGACCCGUGGCCUUCUUGCCAAUUUUUUAUUUUUCUUUCAAAAAUUUUGAGAUCAUCCUUUCUCUACUAAGCAUGCCAUGAUGGCAAUUUUAAAAACUUGAUGAAGAAAAGAAAAUAAUUCUGGAAUUUUUAUCAAAACAAAACCCAGAAGCAAAAGUUGUAGAAAUAGAAACUGAAGCGUUAGCCAAAGUUUCUAUAAUAAAAGAAGGCGAAUCCUUUGGAGAAUUGUCUUUAAUAACUAAUAAACCUAGAGCUGCGACAAUUAUAGUGGAAGAAAAAAUAAUUUUGGGAGUCCUCUCAAAGCCAAAUUUUAAAAAAAUUCUUGGAAACCUCGCAGAAAAAAAGCUUACUGAGAAAAUUGACUUUCUUCAAGCCUUGCCAAUGUUUUCUAAUUGAAGCAAAAUUGCUUUGUAUAAAUUAGGACCUUAUUUUUCGAGAGUUAUAUUUAAGAAGAAUCAGUUCGUUUAUAAAGAAGGUGAUCCAGCGAACACAGUAUAUUUUGUAAAAUCAGGAGAAUUUAAGGUAAAAACAAAUUAGAUUACAAAAAUCCAUAGUGAGCUGAAAGGAGUUGUUGAUACCUCAUCGCUUGAGAUUAAAAAUAACGGAAGAAGCAACAAUGGCGCUGUUCUUAGAUUAGUAAAUAUGAGGAAAAAAAGCAUCCAAAAACAAUUACAAUUAGUGAUCAAAGGAAAAAAUGAAAUGAUAGGAAUGGAAGAAGUAUUGGAAAAUUUUGAUAAAAGGAUCCACUCUUGUCAAUGCAUAUCUGAUGAAAGCGAGGUAUUUUGCAUAAGCAGAGAUGUAAUUAUCAUUUAGAAUUUGACAAUUGGAAUAACUUAUCCUGAAACAUGAGCCCAAAUAAGAGAUAAACACAAUGUAAAUUAUGCAUUUUUCAAGCAUAGAGUUAUCCAAUUAACAAAAAUUGAGGAGGCAAAAAAAUCUUUAGAUUUAAAAUCAUGAAAUAAACUGCCUAUUAAUUAUUUGGGAAAAAAAGAAACUGAAAAAUUAGAAGAGCCAUAUCCAAAUAUGCAGAAAAAAUCUGUAAAGGAAGCUAGGUUUAGCUCUCCUGAUAAAGAGUAUAAGCAGUCAUCAUGGUUUACAACUCCAGAGCAUAAAAGAAUUAAAUCUUCUCCAAGCCCAUGCCAAUAUACCAACCCAAAAAGAGUAAAAACUGAAGAGUCUCCUGUCUUCAAAGAAGACAGGUCAUUAAUUUUCUAUAAUAGAAAAAUUGAUACUAGGACUUCAAAUACUGACAGUCCUAAAAGACCUCAGAGUUUUACAACUGUUUUAAAAAAAAGCACUGAGACAAGCCCUUAUAAUAAGAUCGCUCAUAGAAGAGUAGCUCCGCCUAAUUUCCUGAGAAAUCAUAAACCAAGAGCUAAUUCUAUAACUCCCCCCUCCGUGAGUGAAUGUUCAAGCAUAGGUCGCAACCCCCACCCCCCACCCCCCCCUAAAAGUGGUACCCCCCACCCCCCUAAAAAUGGCAACCCCGCCCCCCCUAAAAAAUGGCCCCCCCCCCCCCCCUAAAAAAUGGCACCCCCACCCCCCCUAAAAAAUGGCACCCCCACCCCCCCUAAAAAAAUGGCACCCCCACCCCCCCUUAAUAUAGCAUAAAUAUAUGACAAAUGCCAAUUUAGAGCAGACGUAAUAAAUAAAUUAUUAUUUUAAAUAGUCAAAAUUACUGAUUUAUACAAUAUCCACAUAGCGUAGCACAAUCGAUUAAGGAGUAGGUGGAAUGAGGUGAGGAUUUCCUAUAACUACUAAGCACACCACAUACAAAAUUUGUUAGCGAACAUAAUAAUGAUCUUUGGUAUUAAUUAGCAAUAUAUCCUGCAUAUAUUUUAUGAACUUUGUGAAACAAUGGCUAAAAGUCGAAUUAGAGAUCCAAAAGUAAAAUUGACAAUAGCAAAUACUAUUUUUUAUUACCACUAUUGAAUCCUGUUACCAAUUCAGUCCUGCAAUCCUUGUACAAUUAGCUUUAAUGUAUGAAUCAAUAAAUUUAAUGCAAGUUAUUGUGUUGUGCUUGACUCAUUUAAUAAUUAAUGCCAUUAUCUAUAUCUUUGGCAUUAUAUUUAUAAAUAUAAAAAGCAAAUUUAAUAUAUUUUCUAAUUAAUUGCUAAUUAAUUUAAAUUUAUUAAUUAAUCAUAAAUAUAAAGUAAUUUGUGGACUUAAUUUAUCAAUAUAGUGUUUUAAUUGGGUUAUAUUUAAUUUAUUUUGCUUAUUUCCUAUCAAUUACUUCUAUAGAAUAAACCCGAGAGGGGGGGGUGGGGGUGCCAUCUGUGAAAGGGGGGUGGGGGUGCCAUCUGUGAAAGGGGGUGGGGGUACCAUUUUUAGGGGGGUGGGUGGGGUUGCUACCUAUGCUUGACCAAGUGAACAAAAAAAUUUUGUUCACUCACGGAGGGUUUUUGGGCAAAAAUAGCCAUUUUUCUAAUGGUUUUGUUCACUCACGGAGGGGGGAGUAAGAAAAGUUUAUAAUGCUGCAGAAAAUCUUGCUGAGAAAUUAAAAGAGAAAGCAAAUCUAAGCUUGGGAGACUAUUCAGCAGAAAUGGAAAAGAGAGCAUAUAAGAGUUUUUUUCUUUAA